AGUAACAAGUGAUAGAAACCAUCGAGGUGAAUUAAUCACGUGGUAUCGCAUUUUAUCGAACAACAUGGGCUGCGAAAAUCCACCUGAAAUAUUCCUUGCAUAAGUCGACACAUUAUUUCUCUCCUCUUCUGUUCUUGCAAAUAAUUUCUCACUUCACUCUGGUCACUCACAGCUCUAUUCGCCAUGCCGGUUACCCAAAAUUCACCGAUGUUAUCAGUAUGCCUGAGAUUAAAUUGACGAAUAAUUGUUUCACGAGUUGAUUAAUUGCCCUGUGACUCAGUCGGACUGGGUGAAUACGGUGCUGUUCAUUGUGAAUUAUUUUUGUCAAUGGAAUCAGGUUGACAAAUCAGAGAGAGGUGCGAUGAUCUGAGCUGUAAAACCUCUCGACUAAAAAAAAAAAAUACAUAUAAAUAAGAAACCGUGCAAACAGAUAUCAGUGUCACAUGCCAACCGUUUAAAUCAACAAAUCGUCAAAACCGAAAAUCUAAAUUUCGAAAUUCAAAAGCAACGAGCAGCAUGGGGGUCCAAGACUUACAGACAUUUCUGGACAGUAAUUGUGUACCUGGAGGUGUAGUUCCAGUGGAUCUCCUGAAGAUCGCCAGGAAUGUGAUGCAACGCCAGAGAAAUCGUCCCAACAAAAAUCCGAAUCAUUCGAAUAUCCUGCGACUUGUUCUGGAUGGUGAAUGCUGCUUGGAUCGUCUGUACGGUGGAUAUUUUUCAGACUGGGCAUGUGGAGGCCAAUGGAAUCGAAUGGUGCAGUUCCUGGCAGUGCUGAUUCAAUCAAUAGAGCUGUCAGGAGUUGAGCUCGUGGUGUUUUUCAAUGGCUGUAGCGAAUCAGCAAGAAGAGCUGAGUGGAUCCAGGAUCAAUUAAAAAUGAGGAUCAAAGUCAACAGCGUGUUGAAACACAUAACGACAAAGGGAACUCCACCCCCGAAAAUCUGGUGGACACCUCCAGUGUGUCUUCGCACAGGUCUUCGUAUGGCCCUUCGUCAUCUCAAGGUAUCAGUGAUGUGCAGUAUGGACGAUCAUCAUCAGGAGGUAAUUGCCUACUGUCGUGAGAAUAACUUCCACGGUCUCGUGGCGGACGACGCAGAGUACGCGAUUUUUGACCCACCGAGAUACUUCUCGUCGGAGCAACUGAAACUUACGUACAAGGGAUCUCUCGACAGUAAGGAGUACCUGCUGUCAGAGGUGACUAAAUCCCUGGGAAUUCCAUCAGACAGACUCUGUAUACUCGGUGCACUCCUUGGUAAUUACAUUCUGACUGAGCACGAUCUCGUUGAUUUCUACAAGAGAUUAAACAUCAGCAUCACUGGACCAAACAAGACGAAUAUCGAUCAAUCCAUUAAGACAAUUGCUGGAUACAUCAAGGAUUUGCCAUCAGCUGAGAUCGAUGUCGUUGCACAGAAUGUUUUUGGCAGCUUGACAGACCCCAGGUGCUCUAAACUGAGACAGUCCGUCCAAUAUUACAUUAAUGGUACCAAGGAGGGAUUUUUGCAUUACAAUAAGACAGUGAAAGCUGUCAAAGUGACCAAACAGGAGGUCAAACAGGUGCCUAUGAUACAGCAGAGCUCUGAGGAACCUGUGGGACAGAGUGAGGAAGAUUCGGGAAUUGAGACCUCCAGAUUUGCCUCGGAGACUGUUGAGAGCGAGAGAGAAAGUCUUAAUGCUUAUAAUGAGGCCACUGCCAAUGCCAAAAUUGCUCCCCAGAUUGUCAUCGAUCCUCCUGGAGUCCAGGGUGCUGUCGAGACUGAGGCAAAGAACGAGGAGGAGAGCAAUGGACAGGUCAAUGGAACGCACAAUCUGCUUAUCAGCUCUUCGAGUUCGUCCAGUGGAUCGUCAGCGACUUCUCCACUGCAUGGCGAGAGAGAGGGGAAAAAGCAUGAGGAGAAGAUACUGAGUAUUCCAACGACUGUUCCUGAAGUGAUGAGGACAGCAUCUGAGAGGCACCAGAAGGGGCUCAUGUCACCCCAUAUUUAUCAAAUUUUAAUCAACGGAGAGAUCAAGCUGCCGGUUCUAUUGGAGGAUGAAAAUCAGAGGGAAACACCAUCGAUUCAUCUUAUUUAUCGACCUGUUAGGCAGAUGGUUUAUGCCAUUUUGUUUAAUCUGCAUCAUCGAAUUUAUUUGGCUACUAAGGCCAAGGAGAAGAAUGAUAACGAAAAAGUUGAAGUGCCUGAUGUUGUGAUCAAAGAAUGGAUAUGGUCCAAAGGAAAUCCAUAUCAAACACCUGAGUACGUAAAAGCUGAACAGAUUGGAUGGGGUGUACCAACAAUUCAACGUCUCUGGUUUGGCACUGGAAUUGAUGACAAACGACGAAGGUUAAGGGCUUUCCUCACUUGUAUGAAGUCCGACACUCCAUUGAUGCUAAAUAUUUCUUACGUACCACAACACUUGUUGGUGAUGGCUUGUGUUCUCAGGUAUAUCAUGUCAUUCUCAGACAAAAUAAAAAUUCUACGACGUCAAGAGCUCGAUGCCUUCAUUGCCCAAGCAUUUUCUCCUGAUCUCAUGAAUGCUCAGUACCUCCAAGAUCUCCAGCUUCCACUUGUCACAUUCCGUGGAGUCCAAUUGUCGACAUUAUUCAUGGCAGGUGUUGAGACAGCUCUUUUAGCCAAUGAUGCAUGUGGAGCUCCAAUUCCAUGGCUCAUGUGCUGUCCCUGGCUAUUUUUCGAUGGAAAAUUAUUCCAUCAUACACUGGCUCGUUCGACUAUGGCUAAAAAUUUGUUGGACCUCUGUGGUGGACACAUUGAUCGUGUUUUCAAGGUCGAGAGGAUGAGAAAGGCUAUUCUGGAGGGAGUUAAUGUGAUGUUUGCACGUCCACCAAUAACUCCACCUACACAAGGCUUUCGUAUUCCACCGCCAACACCUGCGAACAUCCUGCCAGCAGGUUGCACUAUCAAUGAAACCCUGGUACGUGGGCGAGUGAGUCGUGGCAAUAUUCCUCUGAGGGAAUUGAUUCGUCGACCAGUCCCAUCACGAGGUGGUCAAUUGGAGAUUGCUGGUGUUGUGGUGGGCCAAUGGGGUGCCAAUUAUGGCCAGCCAGGAAGACUUCCCCAGCCAGUGCAUGGCCCACCACGUGGACGAAUGCCGCCACAGGCACCAUUCCCUCGUCUUAAUGCUCGCAUUUUUCAACCCAGAGGCAAUUCUGGCAAUUCUAAUGCUACGAGAGGAAAGAAGACUCAAAUGAAGGCAACGAGUAAGAAGAAGGGUGCAAUUAGGAAGAAUCAGGAGAACACAAAUAAGAAUGAGUCAAAGGCCCGUGAAAUUGUGGAGGAGACAAAUGCUGAUGGAUUCUCAAAACUUUUGACGAAGGACGUUAAUGCCAAGAAGAUCCUUCCGACUCUAGCUCCUCAGUGUGAUGUGAAACCGAUAAUUGACAGUAAACCAGUAGAAAAGGGCCAGGGUGAUGCCCCUCUGGCGGAUAAUUAAGUCAUGAAUAAUUUUCAUGGCUCAUUUUUUACAUUAAAUGAAUCCUUAGAAGAAGGAUAAUGCUCUCGGAUGUGACUAAAGACUGCAGCCAUUAUCUUUAUAUGACUAUCGAGCUGUCGUGCACGUGAGUGAUAGUAACUGAAAAUCAGUACCAACAAUUUACUCUCAUUAAUUCAAACAAUUGCUUUUUUUUUCUACACGAAAUUCGUUGAUUGUUAAUGAUUUUUCUCUCCAUGUUAUCCGCCCCAGGAGUUGAUUUUCAGGGGCUGAAAAAUUUGUUUGUUUCGUUUUGUAUAGAAUUUAUAUGUUCUAUUGACAAAAAAUUAUAUUAAAAAUGAUAGAAUCUUUUCUAAAUUGUUGAAUAAUUAAUAAAUGAUGAGAUAAUGAUUUACUUUUGAUUGAUAUGACGUGAAUUUGGUGUACCAUUGCUCGAUGUGCAUAUAAUGCUCUCUGGUGGGGCCAAAAAUAUUAACUAUUAAGGCGACGACAGCCAGACGCUUUGGCGUGAGAAGUAUUCAAAUAAAAAUUGAAUUAAUAUAAUCGAGACGUUAAUUCAAGAGAUUGAAUUGAUAUUAUUACACGACAAUGCCCCUCACUGCCAAAAGUAUCGCCCAUAAUGAAUUAUUCAAGGGAAAAUAAACGAUCGAUUAAUGAAUGACAAGAGUAAUCAAGGAAAAUAACAAACGUGACUUUAACUAUUGACAUUUGUCCUCCUCCAAAUUCAUUGAUCACUUGAUUCUGGAAUUGAUUUUGGAGCCGAGGAUCAUGAAGAUAGAGAACGAAAUUUAAGAAAUACAAAUCGUCAACUGUUAUAAGUAUUUAAUUAUUAAGGAAGCGUGAUUAUUUUUUUGUAAACACGAUGAAAAAAAAAAUGUAUAUUUUCCGGUAUUAUAUGAAAUGCUCGCUUUGCCCAAUCUUGGUGCCCUAAAUCCUCGUAUUUCAAUUUGUUAUUUAAUUAUUCGAAUUGUAAUUGUCGGUGACAAUUGCAAUUUAGUGGGGAAUGAUUAGUUGUUAAGACACUGGAACAAAUAUUAUUAAUACGAUUAAUGUGGGAGACCAAGAGGGCAUUAUUGGCGUAAAGAGACUGAUGCUUUUCAUAUAGGUAAAAUAUAUAUUUAUACAUUUAUUAAAGGAUUAUUAUACGACCUCUAUCUCUGCGUAUUUUCCAAAGUUUUUUUUCCUUUUUCAUUUAAUGAAAUUUAAAGGGAGUGAGUAAAUGCGCAGAGGUAGAAACUGUAGGAUCUCCCAUAUUCACAUUGACUUGAGGGUUUGGAGAGAAAGACGUGAAAACUCUCGGAGUUUUGAAAAAUUGAGGGUAAAGUCUGAUCCAAGAACUGGGAAAUUCAAUUGGCCGUUUCGUACACUUGAAAUUGGUAAAAUUCUGACAGAAUUUCAGUGGAAUUCUCCAGGAAAUGCGAUACGAUUUUCCCUCAAGGGUUUUCCUCCAUGUCUUUAUCGUUUUUUCGUUUGUGAAUUGCCAAUGCGUUUGAUUGGAUCGAGGUGCCUGGUUAAGUGAGAAAAACAAUGAACAAAUUUAUGAAGAAUUGUGAAUAUAUUAUUUAUGAUACGUACUAUAUAUCCGUGAUAAAGAUGAGAGAAUUUCUAGGGGAUCAGUCUACGGAUUUAUAAUUUUUUAAUUCGCAAUGGGCAUGAUUGUGUAAAUAGUUGAAUGAGUGGGUGAUUUUUUUUUUCAUUUUCUACCUGGAGUAGUAAGAGGUAACUACUUGUGUACAUAUUUAUUUGCUCGGAUGUAUUGAUGAGUGGAAAGUGUAUGAAUGAUGAGUUUAAAUAGUUAGGGGUUGUAGGCGGUGGCAUUAACGUUAUUUGAGGGAGAAUAGCAUGGGAACAACCUGGGGGAUGAUAAGUCACUUGGGGGAAUGUUUGUUUCUCCACUCGUGAUUAAAGAGUCGUAAGGGAAAAGUGAUAACGCCGUUAAUUGAGAUAAUAUAGAAAGAGGUUCAAGAUUGAUAAAAAAAAAUAAUGUUAUAUUUUUGUAGAUUUGUUAUUGCGUAAUAUGCAUUGAGACAAUGAGACAUUUUGUACGACUUAAAGAGAUAUACAGUCGUUGAGAGGUAAUUUGAGUGAAUGAUGAUUUGAGUGAAUGAUUCGUAACGCAAAAUGGGAGCCUCGAAAUAGAAAAAAAAAACUAUUGAUUUGAUAGGAGAUAUGAAAAGGCAACACUUCAAUCGUCAACUUCGAUAAUUCACGUUUAAUUCCGAUAUUUUUGGGAUACUGAUGAUAAAAUCAUUGACAUUAUGGUGAUAACGAUUGUAACAGAGAAAAUUUAUGCCUAGAUUGUGCUCACAAGACACUUGGAUAUUUACUCCAGUCUUUUCAAAGCAUUUUGACAUAAUUUUUUCUUGAUAAUCUUUAAAUGCGAUACUAAAAA